CGCGAGAUUUGGAGGAUGGUGGGAACGACGUGGAAGAACCAGAGUCUGUCCCAGGGUCUGCGGUCUACAAACCGGAUCCAGGACCCAGGAUGGGGCUGGUCAGCUUUGGCGCCGUGUGCACCCAGCAGUCCCAUGGCAGGUACACGCACCUGAGCGAAUUGGACGCGCACCUUCGCAGGUUCUUCCCGACCCCGACCGACAGCAGGGGCGACCAGUGCUCCCAUCCAGACAGGAAGCUGCUGUUCUUUUGCAUGCUACCGGGUGAGCUCGACACGUAUGGGGUGGCCACCGGACACCUGAACCUCAACUACAGGGUAUGCAGGAGCGACUGCCCAACCAGCUCGACAACGCUUCACCCCUGCUAUGACCCCGAUCUGCAGUUCGAGCAGAACGUGCCAGACUACGCGACGUUCCCAAGUGGCAGGUACGGGCAGUCUUACGUCUCCCCGAAAAUGAUGUCCGCACGGCGACGUUCUGCAUGCCGAAGGACCCAGGCCUGCGUGCCGAGGCCCGGCGCAUGAUCGGGGCCACCAGCUGGAGCGGCGAGGCGAUCCGCGUGAUCCUGGCCCUGAUCAAGGACUGGCGGGUCAUGGUCAUCACGUCGGUGUAUGUCAUUGUGUUGGGGUAUGUGUUCCUGUUUUUCCUCGAGCACAAGGAGUGCGCAAAGUUCAUAGUGCAUGUGUUCAUCGCCAUCGAGGUCCUGAUCCCCCUCUACUUUGCGUACCAGCUCGGGAAGGAGCUGAUGCUGGGUACAGAAAGGCAUGAUGCCAAAUACACCUCUGGAGAUUAUCAAAGCGAUUACAUAGCGCUUAGUGUCCAUAUUUCCCUUUCUUGUAUCUUUAUGAUCGCAGGGACGAUCCUAUGCGGAGCGCUGGACACGUCAAUUUCUUGCAUCGAGGCGGCUGCAGAAUGCAUCUUCGAAGCACCGAGCCUACUCAUCGAGCCGAUUGUGGGAGUGCUCGGCAAGAUGAUCGUGUUAGCGUGGUCGUCCACUCUGUUCAUCAUGCUCAUGUCCAAUUCGGUCAGAGAAGUCGAUGGCUUCAUUGACCAGUUUGUUUUCACAACGGAGCAGAUCAUUGUUACCGUUUUCUGGGUGUUCCUAUCGGUGUCUUUGCUUUGGACACUUCACCACGUAUCGAUGUAUGUGUUGUCGUAUUCGGCGCAGAUGUGGUACUACAGGAAAAAGGCGAUAGACUCUGGCGAUGAUGCCCCAGUGCGCAGAGGAGCUCUUCUGAGUGCUUAUUACAGUGCUGUGCGCUAUCAUCUGGGUAGCAUCUCGUUGGGGUCAAUAUUGAGUAUGGCGUUUGGUGUCCUUCGAGGGUGUAUGCGUGUUGUCGAGGAAGGCCGCGAUGAUAUUCCGUGCAUAAGGUGCGUGCGAGCUCUCUGCGGGCCGUGCCUGAGUAUCAGAUGUUAUGACCGUUUCUUGAAGUAUACCGGCACGGAGGCGUACAUGGAUAUGGCCAUCCAUUCGUACGGGUUUUGUGAUUCAGCGCGUAGAGUCCACGACCUUUUCGCCACGAAGCAGAUGGCAGGAGCUAGGGCCGCCAGGAACGACAUGACAGGAGCUCUUCAGAUGUUCAACUUUGUCGCGCUCGGUGGCUUCGUUUCUUCUACGAUGAUUGUCUCUUAUUGGUUGUGUACGAGUGGAUAUUCAUUCCUUCAGGUCAGCGAUUGGAAGCCCAUGGUUUGUUUCUCGGGCAUCGUCAGCCUUAUCGUCGGGACCAACUUCCUCGUGAUCCUCGACUGCGUCGGGGGCAUGCUGUUUUUCACCCUGGCCACCGAGCAGCUCCGCUGGCGCAGGGAGAACGCCGAGGCCCUGGACCGGGUCGAGCGCGUGAAGGAGAAGUUGAGGCUAGAGGAGGCGCGGGGCGGCAUCCUGAACGCGGUCGGGGGCUGGAUGUUCUCGACCUACGAGCAGCUGGAGGAUCAGGAGGGCCGCAUGCACCGGGAGGUGUACACCACCACGGGCAUGCGGAGGAUGCUGAGGCGGCUCGGAUACUACGGGGAAAAGGGCAGCGGCCACUAGGCUCCUGCCGGGGCCCCCGAGACUGGGCGGCAGCGUCCACGACGCGGUGCAGCGGGCACGGCGCUUCUCUCUCUCGGGCAGCGCGCUGGCGCUCCGCGCCCUGCACGCCGGGGGUAUUACCUCUCCCCCCUGCACCCUCAUCUCAACAUUGAGUCAGCCGCGGCCGACGGUGGACACAUCGGAUCGCGCAGCGCCCCGCGCGAGAGUUGCAUCUCUUUUCCAGGGUAGCGUAUGGCGCACACCGCCACGACUGCCACGGAGGGCGAGUUCGUUGCAGAAGCCGGCUGCGCAGGAACUGCUUUGGGGAAAAGCUGCUUCAUGCGGCGCUUUUGCAUCUGCGGGGCUCCGGACCCCCUGUCCACUCGUUUCCUGCGCUCCUGCCGCGGCGGUGACGCUGGCGCACCCUGGGAAAUCUCAGUUCGGAGACCGACUCCCCUUCCCAGGUUGUUCCCUC